GAAAGAACUAAAACGAAUUGGAAUUUCGAUAAAUGUACGACAGAAAAGAAAUCUUAUUUCAAUACUUUUAUGAACAAUGGAGAUAGGAUCCCGGACGGUGUGUGAGGGAUAGACGUUGGGACUGUGGUUAAAGUCAUCGUCAGCGGUAUUGAAGUGCAAGGGACUGGUAGACCGCUGUGGCCAAUUCCAAGUUUGUGCUCGGUAAAUUUCUUCGAUUCGGUUCGAUUUCUUCACUGCAGAUUAUUUUUCCUCUGUUGUUGCAAUGUAAAUUUCAUGUCGUCGUUUGUCGUUUCUCAUUCUAAUUUUGUGGCCGAUUUUGAGUUUUCGAUUUUAUUUUAUUCACUCCAUACAAUUUUGUAACUACAAAUAUGUACGUAUUUUGCAUUUUCCUGAUCAAAUUUGUCUAUUAGAACAAGAAGCGAUAAAAAACUGGAAUUUUAGUAGAAAAAAAGCCUAGUUUACAAUUUGCUAAAUGUUAAAAGUGUGAAUUAUAUAUGUAAAAUUAUAGUGGUGUCAAUGUGUUUAAAAGAACAAAGUUGUGAAAACUUAAAAGCGAUAAACUAAAUUUAAAAAAGUGAAAUCCGCCCCAAUUCGGCCUGUAACACCGAUUUUUGACGACUCUUACUGCGCAGUCAGCAGAGAUAUCAGCGUUAAAGUUGGCGUUGCUGGUAACAACGGUUACCAUUUCGGUGGAAAAAGUGCCGUGUACCUGGUUGCCCUUUACACCCGCACUACCAGUCAAUCCAUUGCUGCGUCCUUUCCUGUCUGAUUUUGACAACUGAUUUCGUGCGUUCGGUUAGUAAAUUGAAGCGUCGGUGCGCCACUGCGUAGUGCUCGAUAAGCGAGCAAAGCCGAGCAUCCCAGCAUCAUCGCGUUCGCAAUUUAACAGUUAAUGCACCCAAAGUAACAAAACGGAAUCAAAAGCACACAUAAAACGACUGGGAAAAAUUCGUCACUGCUGCAAAAUAAAAUAACUAACUGUGACAGCAAGUCUCUGUAGGCCUAGCAUCAGCAGAAUCAUCCAUAUUGACGACAACGCCAACGCCAACGCCAAUAAAGGGUAGACGAAGUGAUUUUGUGGAAGGAAAGUGACUAAACACCCCCCUCUGUGGUGUGCUCCGUAGUGGGGACCAUCACUUGAUUUACCCAACUGCACAAUAAUACAAAGCUGACGCUGAAGUUUCGAGAUGGCUUGUUUGAACACAUUAAAAUUGGAAAUAAAAACGCUGGAAAAGAUAUUUACCAAGAAUCACGAGCGAUUUCAAAUAUUGAAUUCGAGUGUUGACGAGCUGACAUGUCGCUUCAUCGGCAAAAAUGGCAAGCGUUAUGAUAUCCAUGCUAACAUUACGGAAACGUAUCCAUCCUCACCGCCCGUUUGGUUUGCAGAGAGUGAAGAGACAAGCGUAACAAAUGCCGUACAAAUACUCAGCAAUACGAAUGGACGUGAUAAUCAUGUUAUAAAUCAGGUUGGCAUAUUGUUACGUGAACUGUGCCGCCUGCACAAUGUCCCACUGCCACCCGAUAUUGAUAACCUCACCAUACCGUUUCAAUUGCCACCCCCAAGUGCGUCACCAUUGCAUCAACAGCCCGCAGCGCAGCACCAGAUCGAGGACAUCGAUUCGGACCAAGAUGAGGUGGAAGAUCUGAUUUGUGAGAGUGAACAAGAGAGUGAGGGCGAUGAAGAUCUGCCAUUGGAAAUGGACGACGGACGUAGCGCGAAUAAAGUUGAGAAGGAUGAAAUGGAAGUUGAACACCUGGCCACAUUAGAAAGACUGCGACAAAGUCAAAGGCAAGACUAUUUAAAGGGUUCAGUUUCCGGUUCCGUUCAAGCGACCGAUCGUCUCAUGAAAGAGCUGCGUGACAUUUACCGUUCCGAUUCGUUUAAGAGUAAUAUGUACUCAAUAGAUCUGGUAAACGAUUCGAUAUACGAAUGGAAUAUACGCCUGAAAUCGGUGGAUCCCGACAGCCCGCUACACAACGACUUGGUCAUGCUCAAGGAGAAGGAAGGCAAAGACAGCAUAUUGCUGAAUAUUAUUUUCAAAGAAACCUAUCCAUUCGAACCGCCAUUCGUACGCGUCGUGCAUCCGAUAAUAUCAGGGGGUUACGUACUUGUGGGCGGUGCCAUUUGUAUGGAGUUGCUCACAAAACAGGGCUGGAGUUCUGCUUACACCGUAGAAGCUGUAAUCAUGCAAAUUGCGGCAACACUAGUAAAGGGCAAAGCCAGAAUACAAUUUGGCGCCACGAAGGGUCAGUACAGCUUGGCACGUGCACAGCAGAGCUUCAAAUCACUGGUGCAAAUACACGAGAAAAAUGGUUGGUUCACCCCGCCAAAAGAAGAUGGCUAAGCAGCAAACGUCAUGGAUGAUUUUUUCUCUACCCUACAUAAAUAGAGUAGUUCGUCAUACAUAUUAAUACACGUUUUUAUCAUUUCCUUGGUUAAAAAAAAAAAACAAAAAAAACUUAACAUAAAAUAUAAACCUUAUAAAUAUACUUAAAUUAUAGUUGAUAUAAAACGCAAACAAAUCUAUCCAUGUAUACAUAAAAGGCACUAAGCAUGUAAGAAAACUAGAAAAUAUUAGUAAACACAACAUUGAGGUGUAAGCAAAUAAUCAUAAAAAUGAAAACUCUUGGCAGGAAAGCGCAAAUAUUACAUACACACAUAAUUUUUAAAAUUACUUUAUAAAUAAAUAUUGUGCAUAAAUACAGUUGGAAGCAUGUGACCACAAGACACGAAAACGAAAAUAGCGUACAACAUUUUUUACAUAGAAAUUUUCCGUUUAUCAUUUGUGAAAAGGCCAAUAUUCUUAAAAAAACUUCUAUAAAAAUGCAUGUUGUUUAACUAAAAUGUCAUUAAUUGUAUUUUUAGUAGUAGAAAUCACUGUUUGAAAAAAAUCAACAACAAAAAACCAUAACCAUUUUGUUAGGCAUUGAUAAAAAAAUUAUAAUUAUAAUAAUUAAACAUAUUUUGUAUAACUGUUGCAUUGGUCAUGAAAUGAAGAAAUUUUUCACGUAUGUGCGAAAAUAAACUACACAUUUCAUUUUGUUUCUAUGCUUGUAGGUAUUUUAUUUUAGCAAUUUCACGCAGCCCCAAAUGUGGACUUUAUGUUUUGCAAAUUUUCUCGUACUAGCGUAAAUUAGUGGAGUUGUGUGUGUUGUAAUGCAGAACGAACGUAGUAUGUGGGAAUGUUUAUUUACAAAAACAAAGCAAAAAAUAUAUUAAAAAUAUUAAAUGAAAAAAUAAAUAGGCAAGAAAAUGAGAGUACGAAAACCAAGUUGUAAUAAACGCAAAGCUUCUACUACUAAUUUAAUUAAAAUAUUAAUUGUGCUUAAAUUUCAUUUAAAAGUGAAUUGCGAAAUCUAAUUUUAAGGCUGUAUAUUUAUAAAAUUCACAUAAUAUUAAUUUUAAAUAAAACGUGUAAGCAUAUAAUCUCGCAACGGCAAAGCGUACAUAUAAAUGUAUAAAUAAUAAAGAGAGAAGGGAAUAUUGCGAAAGAGAAA